AAUGUGAACUAGUUUCGCGAACUGGCUCUUCUGCAAUGUUUUGUAAUCGUAUUUACAAAAUACUUUAAACGUAUUUUUAUAAAUAAGAAAUGCUGCGUCGCGCGCAGUGCUUGCUGCGACUGCACAGCAGUGGACGCCAGUCACUAGUCACCCGACUUCGGUGCUACUCAACGGAUGAGGGGAGUCCCAAACAGAACCCAAAUCCCAAUCCGGGGGCCAAGAAACCCGGCACAAAAAACCUGCCGGCUGUGAGGAAUCCCUUCGCUACGGCGCAGGACAGGACGAAGAACACCUACCUGACCAUGGUGGAGAUCUUCCAAGAGCGCGACGUUCACCGGCGCAACCACGUGGAGUUCAUUUACGCGGCGCUCAAAAACAUGGCAGACUUUGGGGUGGAACGAGAUCUGGAAGUCUACAAGGCUUUGAUUAACGUGAUGCCCAAGGGCAAGUUCAUACCCACCAACCUGUUCCAGGCGGAGUUCAUGCACUACCCCAAGCAGCAACAGUGCAUCAUUGACCUCCUCGAGCAGAUGGAGGACUUCGGCGUGAUGCCGGACUGUGAGAUGGAGGCCAUGCUGCUGAACGUGUUCGGCAGACAGGGGCACCCGCUCCGCAAAUAUUGGCGCAUGAUGUACUGGAUGCCCAAGUUCAAGAACCUCUCGCCGUGGCCCCUGCCCGACCCAGUGCCGGAUGACACUCUGGAAAUGGCCAAGCUGGCGCUGGAGCGCAUGUGCACGGUCGACCUGCGAUCCAAGAUCACGGUGUUCGAGACCAGCGAGCUGAAGGACGCCAUAGAUCAGACGUGGAUCGUGAGCGGGAUGAGUCCCGAGCAGGAGAAACUCCUGCGGGAGCAUUCGCGUCAGAAGGCUCUGUACAUCGAGGGACCCUUCCACAUAUGGCUACGAAAUCGGCGGAUCAACUACUUCACCCUGCGCGCCGAUCCAGACCCCGAAUUUCUGUCUCAGUUGGACGAGCGGCAGCUGGACGAGGACGACGUCUCCCACAUCGAUGUGCCUUUCUUUGGUCGAGCUCCUCCAAGGCGACACAACCAGCUGGGAAAGCUGCGCUCUGUCCACCAGCAGGACGAUGGCACCAUCUUGGCCAUCUGCGCCACGGGCACCUCUACCAAGGACUCCCUGCUCUCGUGGAUUCGCCUGCUGGAGGCGAACGGAAAUCCCUCCAUUGGGGAGGUGCCUGUGCUCUUCCGGUUCACGUCCACAGUGCCCGCCAAGUCCGAGGAGAUCGAGGGUGGUUCCACCGUGCCAGCAACAAGGGAUAGCACGAGCAGUAAUCCAGAUGAGCAGCCGAGCAGUAGACGAGAAUAAACCAAUUGUUGAGCUAA